AGGCGCAUAUGUUCUCUCUCAAAUCAUAUUCAAAAACACAGAGGAAUUAAGGUAUGGCAUCUGAGAAAGAUCUUAACCUCGAGGCGACCGAGCUCCGACUAGGCUUACCGGGCACCUCUGACGAGUCAGCUAAGAACCAAAUGUCGGCAACUCCCCGGAGCAACAAAAGAGCCUUGCCUGAAGAAUCUAUGUCUAGUAAUGCCACAGCUUCCAAGAACUGUGACCAAGAAACUACUCCACACACCAAGGCACAGGUUGUAGGGUGGCCACCAAUCAGAUCUUACAGAAAAAACAAUCUGCAACCAAAGAAAAGCGAGGCUGAACCUAGUGGGAUUUAUGUGAAAGUGAGCAUGGAUGGAGCCCCUUAUCUUAGAAAGAUAGAUUUGAAGGUGUUUAAAGGAUACACAGAAUUGCUUAAGGCAUUGGAAGACAUGUUCAAGUUCAAAGCUGGUGAAUAUUCAGAGAGGGAAGGAUAUAAUGGAUCAGAAUUUGUGCCUACUUAUGAAGAUAAAUAUGGUGAUUGGAUGUUGGUUGGAGAUGUACCAUGGGAAAUGUUCACCAAUUCUUGUAAAAAGCUGAGGAUCAUGAAAGGAUCAGAAGCAAGAGGCUUGGGUUGUGUUGUAUGAAAAUAUGGAAACAAAAACUCAUGAAGAAAGAAGAUCAAAUGCUUUUAACUUAGGCUAUCCAGAGAAGAAAUUUGGAUCCCAAUUUUUUUCUCCUUUGUUGAU